AUGAGCAAGACGAGAGAGAUGAGCGAGACGAGAGAGAUGAGCGAGACGAGAGAGAUGAGCGAAACGAGAGAGAUGAGCGAGACAAGAGAGAUGAGCGAGACGAGAGAGAUGAGCGAGACGAGAGAGAUGAGCGAAAUGAGGGAGACGAGAGAUGAGCGAGACGAGAGAGAUGAGCGAGACGAGAGAGAUGAGCGAGACGAGAGAGAUGAGCGAGACGAGAGAGAUGAGCGAGACGAGAGAGAUGAGCAAGACGAGAGGGAUGAGCGAGACGAGAGAGAUGAGCGAGACGAGAGAGAUGAGCGAGAUGAGAGAGAUGAGCGAGACGAGAGAGAUGAGCGAAACGAGAGAGAUGAGCGAGACGAGAGAGAUGAGCGAGACGAGAGAGAUGAGCGAAAUGAGGGAGACGAGAGAUGA